CUGACUACAAAUACAUGGCUCAACUAAAUAGAACACGAAAUCAAGGUUGGACUAUGGAGGACGGUUAUCCAGACUAUGAACAGACUUUUCCUGAAAGAGGUUCUGGUGCUGGUGCAAAAGCUGGGUUGGAACUGAAAUUGACUGAGUUGGAAGAACAUCUGGACAAUUUUUGCAAAGGAAGACUUUCGGGUUUUAAGAUAUUAUUGCACAAUCCAUGCGAUCUACCGCGCCCAUCCCAGCAGUAUAUCAGAAUCCCUACGUAUGCAGACGUGACACUCUCCUUCAUAGCAUCAAUGGAAAUGACAUCUGAAGGACUCGAAGUAUUCUCUCCUACAGGACGGCAGUGUUAUUUCGCAGAAGAGCGUACAUUAACAUAUUUUAGACAGUACACACAAUCGAAUUGUGAAUUUGAAUGCUUAACGAAUUAUACUUACGCUAGAUGUGGAUGCGUUCAUUUUAGUAUGCCACACGGCCCGAAUAUGGCGAUAUGUAAUGUAGGGAGCACUGAUUGUAUUAACAAAGCUGAAACGGAGUUGGCUACAUUUGACAUUGAUGAUGAACAACGGGGUAACGUUACGAUCGAGCAAGCCUUCUACAUAGCGAUCGAGUGCAAUUGCCUGCCAGCUUGUAAUUCUAUAGCAUACGAGACAGAAACAACACUGAGUGUACUACAUGACGAAGAUCGUCACACUUUCAGACUAAAUUGGAGAGACUUUGAUUUAGAAACAUAUAAAGUGUCUAAUAUUAUGUUAUUUUUUAAAAAAUCCCAAUUUGAACUAUGGAUACGAUCUGAGCUAUAUGGCACAUCUGAUAUACUUGCAAGUUGCGAAGGACUUUUGGGACUUUUCAUGGGAUUUUCUGUAAUCAACAUUAUUGAAAUUUUAUAUUUUUGCAUACUAAGUAUUUGCCGGCGACAUAAAACUGCUCAAAGACAUCCCGAUGAAGAAGAACUUGAACAUUCAAAGGACAAGUUUUGAAAGCUAGAUCAC